CGAGAUGGCAAGCCAAGACCAAGAAGAAUCCAAGAAAUUGGAUUGCUCCAUAUGUCAUGAUCUGCCAGAAGAUCCAAAACUUCUUUCGUGUGGACAUACAUUUUGUAAGAAUUGCUUGUCCCUUGUAUUAAAGUCUCAAAUGAAAGACGCGGAGCUGUCUUGCCCAGAUUGUUUGAAGAUUAGUACCAUCAAUGACAGCGACGUUUCUACAUUAGAAAUCAACACCGAACUUGAGGCAAAAUUGGAAGCUAUGAAGAGCGCAGAGAAGCUCUGUUCUGUAUGCGAAGAGGGGGAGGAAUCUACGGCUGUGGCGUACUGCCAAACCUGUCAGGAUCAUCUGUGUGAAGAUUGUCUGGAUGUCCACAGGAAAUGGAAGAAAAACGCAAAACACGAAGUGGUGAACGUUGAUGACAUCAAGACCGGUGGAGUUAAGGUCAAAGAGACUUGUCCUAAGCAUCCAUCAAAUGAACGAGAAUGCAUCUGCACUUCCUGUAAAGUAGCAAUCUGCCUAAGAUGCCGUAUGGAGAACCACUCUGGGCCUGACCAUGCUGUCGAGGAAGUGCCCGAGUUCUUGAUGAGAAUUAAAUCUGACAUCGGAUCUCUUCUGGAGAAAACCCAACAGAAGAUAGCAAUAGUCGAGAACCACGUGAAGGUUGUGGAUGAAGAAUCAACAAAGGUUGAUGAAAUCAUUGAUGAAAGGAUAGUGAGCAUCAACGAAAUGUUUGAGGAGAGUCUAACAGCGCUGUUGGAGAAAAAGACAAAGCUGAUAGACAUGUGCAAGGGACAUAGAGAAGUUCUCAUGGCUGAACUGCAACACGCAAGAGACAGCGAUGUCCAGUUGAUAGAUGGCUAUAAGAGCGCUUCUGAGUUAGUCAACAAUGGAGCCAAGGUUCUGCUCGAGGGCCAGGCUCUGAGUGUUCACAAUAACAUCACAGCUGAUUUGCAGAAACUGUUGAAACAUCGUGAACCGAGCGACGAACAAGCGACGAACAUCACAAAGAGGGCAGCGAAUGUUGAAUUGAGGCUCUAUCGAGAUAAGCUGGGUCUAGGUGAAGUAAUCUUGAACAACUGGACUUUGGAGAAGAUAAACCAUUUUCCUCUAUCUGGAUCAGAUGUGUAUGACCUUGUACCUGUACUUGAUGGCAAAAUGGCAGUUGGGUAUCUGGGUGGUGGUGUUGAGCUCUUCACGGUAGACGGACCACAGGAAAUGGUGCGAACACCAACCAAGCUCAUGUACAGGCCUUCCACGCAAGGUGUUAGAAGGUCCUCAAAGACAGUACUCCACGAUGAAAAUGUUGGGCAUGUGGCUGUCCUGUCCGAUGGUCGCUACGUGGUGCAAAACGAGAAGCAUGUCAUAUCCCUCUACACACGAGAAUGGAAGAAGGAAGAUGUAGAAUUCGAGACACUCCGUGAGGACGGUUUUGGAGGCCUGGGUGUGGACGUGGAGGAUCACAUCUACGUUGGUUACUGGUCAGCUAAGAAGAUCCUGGUGUUCAAUCCAGAGGGCGGGGCACCUAUCAAUGAGCUUGCUUGUCACGACUAUGAACCAGUUGAGAUAUGUCCUAUGCGUCACAGCAAGAUGCUGGUGGUUCGUGAUCUUCUCACAGUCAGAGUGGUCGAUGAUAAGGGCAGGGUGAAACACGAGGUCGACAGACGUUUCAUCUCGGGUCGGAUGGCCGUUCUACGGGAUGACAAUAUUCUCAUAGGUUGGGUGAAGGAUGAAGGUGUGCUCUGUGUUGAGAUGUACAGUCACCAUCUCAAGUAUGUGAACACCGUCCUUUCCGACUUCCCAUUCAAUGGGGAGUUUCGUAUGAUGAGAGAAUUUUCCAGCGGUGAGAUCGCCAUUUGUGACAACACAAGCUUCUACGUGUUUCUCAAGAAAAAAUGAGUUUUACCACUUUCAUUCCGAAAAUCAUUUCUUCUUCCAUGCUGCUAGUUAAGAAUAAGAUAAUUAAUUUUGUUAAUUUGUUUGUGUCUAUUUGUGUUCAUUUGGUUGGUAACGAUUUAAAACUGGCAGGUCUAAUAUUCAGUGAAAAGUUCAUUCAUAAGAAAACUCUCUCCAUUUGUUUUCCAUGAAAUUAUCAGUCAUCACUUUUGUUUACAUGAAAGAGAAAUUUGUAAUAAUAGUUGUAGUAUAUUUCAACAGUGAAAUACAAAGUAUACAGUAGCUCCUUAAUUAGAUCGGUAUAAUCAAUAGAAAGACAUUCCGCUUUACUCUUUCAAAUUCAUAAUUAACCAAUAUAGAUAAGUAGAAAUAGAUUUGAGCUAUAGAUGAAACGACAGAAAAAGUAUAUCAUGAUAUGUACCUUAUCAAACUACUUAUUAGUUGCAUACUGUCCCGAGAGUGAAAAGUUGACCUUGCUACCAUUUCAGGGGCCCGUUGCAGAAAGAGUUGCG